AUGUGGUUCGCGGAGACGCCCAGCAAGCGAUGGGCCGAGAAGUUCUUCCUUUACUAUUCGCCCGUUUGGAUCACAUGGGCUCUCGGGAUCAUCGUCACGUUUCAGCUCUAUAAGCGCUUCACGGAGAAGGAGUAUUUGCUGGUGGGCCUCGCAGCUGCUCUGCCCUGCGUGCUCGUCCCACCCUUCAUGCUGUGUGCGGCGGACAAGGGGCGGCCAUGGCACGAGCAGCACUGGGUGAAGGCAAACGUGUGGAUUGCAAUCUUCAGCUUCGUUGGGAACUACUUCUGGACGCACUACUUCUACACACUGCUCGGGGCUUCCUACACCUUCCCCUCCUGGCGACUGAAUGAUGUGCCCUUUGCGCUCUAUCUGCUCACCCACGCCUACUUCUGCUUCUACCACGUCAUCUCCAACAUCACCAUCCGCCGCCUCCGCCACUUCCUUAACAUUCCCUCGCAACCCCCCCAUAAAUCCACUCACUCGGGAAAAUCCAAGCCUUCUUCCUCCUCCUCCCCCUCCUCCUCCUCCUCCUCCUCCUCUCGCUCGUCUGUCUUCUCCCUCAUUGUGCAAGGAGCGUGGGUGCUCGCUCUCGCGUACAUCACCGCGUUUAUGGAGACAGCAACCAUUGCAAACUUCGAGUACUACACCUUUGUGGACAAGGCAGCCAUGUAUCGCGUCGGUACGCUCUUCUAUGCGCUCUACUUCGUGGUCAGCUUCCCCUUCUUCUUCCGAAUCGACGAGAACCCAUCAGACACUUGGCCUCUCUCCCGGGUAGCAGUGGACUCCCUGGGAGCGUCCAUGCUGGUUACUAUACUCCUUGACAUCUGGCGCCUUGUGAUUGGCCCAAUCACCCAGCUGCCACAGACCAACACAUGUGCAAGCGGCCUCCCCUGGAUGGGGUAG